AUGACCAUCAACCCUACCUAUCUCGCGCAGCGCACGCGCUCCUCGGUCAACUGGGCCGAUGCCAGACGUCGUGUCCUCAAGUCGUACAGAGAAUGGCUCAGAGCGUCCCCCGAGAUCCAAACCAUGUACUCUCUGAACAUGCCCGUCUCCGCCAUCCGCACAAAGGUCCGCCAGGAAUUCGAGAAGCACCGCUACGUCAAGCAGCUCAGCGCUGUUGAUGUGCUGCUGUUCCAGAGCCACGCCGAGUUCCAGGUCAGUGACCCUCGUCAGCCGGAUGAAGAGAAAGCCAGCUACCCGGCAUCUAUUUGUCCUGCGGCUUUGUUAUCUUUCUAA